AGAGUAAAUUAUUGUUCUAAAUGGUGCCUCAGUGGCCCAAUAAUAACAAGGAAGCCGCUCCAACGGAUGGUAUCACUCUGUAGACAAGAGCAUAAUUAAUGCGUUCAUUAAAGCCGACGGAUCCGGGGGAGUUGAAGCCCUGCCCAGAGCAGGCAACCCUUUUCUGCUGGAGUUGAGGGCUGGGCUCUGGAACUUCCUAGCUGACUGUUCUGCUGCCGUUUCCAGGGUUUCGGUCUGUUCUCUCUUUUCUCAGCAGCUGCACGGCUGGCUUCAACUCCCCCCACCCCCCAGACCGAUGCGUCGGGGACGCCGGAGGCUGGGGACAGGCAGAAAAGCGGGGCGCGGCAGGGGACGGGGGGAGGCGCCCUGGUGGCCUGGGAGCAGGCCUCGGGUCCGGGGGGAGGCGGCCGCGUCGUAACUCGGUUUACACCACCGCCCCCUCCCACCUCCUGCCGGACUGGCCGGCGGCGGCCCUGCGCCGUGUCCCCGGGUCCCGCCAGCGCCGGGCGGGCCGCACCGACUGGUCGGCGUGGAAGGCUCGCGCACUGGGAGUGCUCUGGCAACCGGAGGCCCAGCCGUCAGAGGGGCGUGAGUUCUGCGUCUGGGUUGUGGAACACAGAAUGGGCUGAACUGGAACCGACCCAACCGGCAGCCAAAGGAGCCGUCCAGCAUGCUGUGCCCACCCCAGGCUGAGGCACACUGACCAUGAGCCUCAACUCCUCCCUCGGCCACAGGAAGGAGCUCAGCGACCUCCCCGCGGAGGAGAGCGGGCCAGGGGGCAGCGGUGUCCCCGAGUUCGUGGCCAUCGUGGUCAUCGCCGUGUUCGUCUGCCUGGGCAACCUGGUCGUCGUGGUCACCCUGUACAAGAAGUCCUACCUCCUCACCCUCAGCAACAAGUUCGUCUUCAGCCUGACGCUGUCCAACUUCCUGCUGUCGGUGCUGGUGCUGCCCUUCGUGGUGACGAGCUCCGUCCGCAGGGAAUGGAUCUUCGGGGUCGUGUGGUGCAACUUCUCCGCCCUGCUCUACCUGCUCAUCAGCUCGGCCAGCAUGCUCACCCUCGGGGUCAUCGCCAUCGACCGCUAUUAUGCCGUCCUGUACCCCAUGGUGUACCCCAUGAAGAUCACGGGCAACAGGGCCGUGCUGGCGCUGGUCUACGUCUGGCUGCACUCCCUGGUCGGCUGCCUGCCCCCGCUGUUCGGGUGGUCUUCGGUGGAGUUUGACGAGUUCAAGUGGAUGUGCGUGGCCGCCUGGCACCGGGAGCCUGGCUACACUGCCUUCUGGCAGAUCUGGUGCGCGCUGUUCCCCUUUCUGGUCAUGCUGGUGUGCUACGGCUUCAUCUUCCGCGUGGCCAGGGUCAAGGCGCGCAAGGUGCACUGUGGCACAGUGGUCAUCAUGGAGGAGGACGCCCGCAGGGGCGGGAGGAAGAACUCCAGCACCUCCACCUCCUCCUCGGGCAGCAGGAGGAGCGCCUUCCAGGGAGUGGCCUACUCGGCCAACCAGUGCAAGGCCCUCGUCACCAUCCUGGUGGUCAUCGGUGCCUUCAUGGUCACCUGGGGCCCCUACAUGGUCGUCAUCACCUCCGAGGCCCUCUGGGGGAAGAACUAUGUCUCCCCAGCCCUGGAGACCUGGGCCACCUGGCUGUCCUUUACCAGUGCCGUCUGUCACCCCCUGAUCUAUGGACUCUGGAACAAGACUGUCCGCAAGGAGCUCCUGGGCAUGUGCUUUGGGGACCGGUACUACCGGGAGCCGUUCGUCCAGCGGCAGAGGACCUCGAGGCUCUUCAGCAUUUCCAACAGGAUCACAGACCUGGGCCUGUCCCCACACCUCACGGCACUCAUGGCAGGAGGCCAGCCCCUGGGACACAGCAGCAGCACGGGCGACACUGGCUUCAGCUGCUCCCGGGACUCGGGGACAGACGUGAUGCUGCUGGAAGACUGUGCGUCUGAGGACACCCCGCCCGCCCACUGCACCUGCCCGCCCAAGAGGAGGAGCUCGGUGACAUUUGAGGAUGAAGUGGAGCAAAUCAAAGAAGCUGCCCGGAACUCUGUCCUCCAUGUGAAAGCCGAAGUACACAAGUCCUUGGACAGCUAUGCAGCCAGCUUGGCUAGAGCCAUUGAGGCUGAGGCCAAAAUCAACUUAUUUGGGGAGGAGGCUUUGCCGGGUGUCUUAUUUUCAGCACGAACUGUCCCAGGGGCUGGUCCCGGGGGUCGCCGAGGCAGCAGGGCUCUUGCGAGUCAGCGGCUGCAGCUGCAGAGCAUUGAAGAGGGGAACAUUUUAGCUGCAGAAGAGAGAUGAGGGCCCCAGGAAGGGCUGGGCUGGAUGGAGCCAGGGGUGCUGGCCUUCACGGAGUCCCCGGCCAUCUGUGCCAGGGCCUGGGACAUGUCAUCACGCUCAGGGAAGGAAGCACCUGGUGUGCAGCCGCGGAGGGACUGAAAACGAUGGCACCGGUCUGUGACUUCAGUAUCUGCUGUGAGAUGCGUGUCGGCUGCUUCUAGGUCCCAGUGACAGAACCAGAGGCAUCUGAAGCACCCAGGGCGGAUGGAGGUGUGGCCCGCAGGAGGAGCAGGGACUUGGAGGAGACCACUGCACGGACCCUUUUCUCUUCUUCACAACCUGUACCAGGAGUCCAGCCGCACACUGUCCCCGACGCCUUGGGCAGAGGCGGCCCAGUGUGGCUGAGCGCAGCAAGGCACUCCCUCACCUGCAGCUUGCCCUGGGCGCUGUGGGCUCCAGGCAGGCAUCACGGGGCAGCCACAGGUACCCAAUAGUCCACGGGGAGCAUCCAGGAGCAGGGAUCUGGUUAGGACCUGGCCCACAGGCUGCCAGGACACCCUCCCCCUCCCCACUGGCAGAUUCUUUGGUAUUUCAAAAGAAGGGAGAAACCACUAUAAAUAAGACAGAAAAGGCAGGUGCCAAGUGUUCCACUUCCAGAAUUUAACAACAAACACAUCUGGUGAGGACAGGUCAGUGCGUCACCAAGACUGACUAGGGUUGUGGCACCAAGCCAAGUCAAGAAGCGGACACUGUUAGUAGGAGGGCAGUUUCUGCUGGUCCUGUCUAAGUGCCCUGUGAGAAGGGCUGGCCUUGGGGCCACACUGCUACUCCUGGGAGCAAGUUCCUGUUACUGUGGCCCGGGGGCAGCACAGGAUAGAAGGCACUGGACCUGGACUAAGCAAUUCGAGUCCUGGGCCCGGCUCUGCCUCGGUCCCCACAUCAUGGGACACCCUGUCGCCUCUCGACAUCCUUUGUAAAAUGGGAAAGGGGAGUGGGGAGUUGACCUGUGGUCUCCGAGAUCAUUUCUAGCUUCUGCUCUUCUAUGAUAUCGCUGAAUUGAUAAAUUAGAUACAGGGAAAAAACCUUCGGAAGUGGAGCACAAGACCAGAACUGGAACACCUGGGUGUAGCUCCUGAUGGGUGUGAAGCACUGCCAGUCCGCCCUGGCCAUGGCCUGUGUGGCUUGCUGUUUGGAGCACAGCCCUGAUGGAGUGCCCAGCACCAAGAGUGAGGGAGGAGGAGGGUGUGGCCCCAGAGGUGGAGGCACAGUGGUGAGGUGUCUCUAUGGCCAGGUUCCUCUCUUCCUGUUGAUUUGCAACAGCCCUUGGAGUGUGGGCUUGUAGUUGCUGUGGUGAACCCCUCCUGUGCUGCCCUUCAGCCUGGUGAUCACCUAAGCCAAGUUCAGGACUCUCCCUUGCCCUGGUCAGCAGGGGUACUUCCAGAACUUGCUGUGGAUGACUUCCGAAGUGUGCCCCUUGGGAGUCUCACCAUCCUCUGGAGAGGCAGCCUUUGCCGUGUGGCAGAUACCAGUGGCUGGCUGGUCCCUGCCCUGCAGCUCACAGAAGACCUUCUAUGAGGCCUAGGGCAGCCACCUCAUAGUGCCUGACCUCAACAAGGCAGGUGCACAGGCUUCCACUGCUGGCCCACAGGCAGCCCACGCUCCCGCUGCCAGGUGGUGUCCGUUUUCUAUGUAUAUCUGUGUGUAUCCUGUCCUGUUUCAGAAGGGACCAUAUUCCUGAUUAGUAUGCACAGAGACAGAACAGGGCAGAACCUUACCUCUGGAAUGAGUUCCUGUUUAGGGAUUUUUGAGUGCAGUAAACUGGCUUGGGACCCAAGGGCUGAAGAAAGCUCCCCUGAUUAUGCUGCUCUAGGGAAAGAAUGCAGACUCCAAGCCCCCAUUGCUGACCACAGACCAGCUGGGAUACAGUAGGAUUUAGUCUGAAUUAUCCUAGAAUAACUGCAUCUCACAAAAGGAUUCGCCUUCCUUACUGAGCGAGGUCCAUUCAUUUUACUCUUCUACUGGACACUGCACACCUGCUGUUUGUGAAGCACCAAGCUAGGUGCUAGGGGCAAGAACACUAGAGUAUCUUCUCCCUAAUUUUGGGAGAAAUACCUGGGAGAUGUGAUUCUAAUACAAGUCAAGUACUGAUUCUAGAAACAGAGGUGGGUAUUUCCAACCAGGAGUUAUGAAGACCCCCCAAAUUGGUGACAGUGCAGCUGUCUUGAAGGAUGUCUGGUAACUAGAACCAUAUUCUGCAGUAUUCAGAAAUUCAGAUUUGCUCGGUUGACCUAGAGGGAUGUGUGUGCGGGCACCAGGGGGCAAGAACAUUCUACAGUCCCCAAGCAUUUUGGAGAACACUGCUUUUGCAGCUCAGAACCCCCAGCUAAACCCACACUCAUACGUGGUGAACCCACGGACAGUGCAGGUGGGACAUCUGGCCACUUUUAUUUAAAAACCUCAGUCCUGGCAGGGGUGUAGCUCAAGGGUAGAGUGCUUGUCUACCAUGCAUGAGAGUCCUGGGUUCAAUCCUCAGGACCACGAAAAAACAUAACACAACAAAAAUAAAAAUCCAGACCCA